AUGGAGGUGGGCCCGCCUUCCUUGGUGGACGUGACGAGGGCGUUGGUCCAGACGUUGCCGGUCAACGAACGCAUCCACAAAGAGCUCAGGACUAUGGGUGGCAGGCUCGGCGUGCGUGUCGGUGGUGCCGACGACGGCAAGGACGACGUGGACGGUCACGACGAACACCGAGACGAAGAACGCCUCCGCCUGGGCGGCGAGCGCGAAACCGUCGACGGGGACGCCUCCGGCGUGGGGGGCGUUCAAGGAGGAGGAAAGGGCGGUUGUUAUUCUACCUCGGGCCGAGAGGUGGUGGAGGUGGACUGGGCGACGCUGCUGGACGGUUCGCGGGUGCUGGAGCUACUCUAUCGACUCGAGGUGGUGUACACCCUGGUAGAGCCCGAGGGGGACGUCUACGCGCUGCCAGGGGACCGCAUGGAUGCCAGCGAGUGGGUACGCGUCUUUCUCGAGACGGGGGGGAUGCAGCACCUCCUUGGCUUGCUCGGGAGAGACAGGGACGGCGACAACGGCAUCGAUCCGUCUCAGUCCCUCCACAAGGCGUGUCUGGCCGCGCUGCUGAAGCUGAUCGCGCACUUCACCUCUCGGAAGGCCACCCCUUCCGUCGAUGGCGUCAACGGCGGGGCCAAGAGCGCAAAGGAUGUGUUGAGGGAGCUCUACGCUGGUGUGGACCUGCCGAAGCUAGUGCAGCGGAUGCUGGUCGUCAUGCACGAGGUGUCCAGGCCAACGGCAGAGACUGUGCGAGAACACGCAGGCUUUGGCGGCGACGAUUCCAAUGCCAGGUAUGGUCACCACAACGCGCCUUCGGCCCUUGCUGUCGCUGCCGUGGAGGAAGCGGACGGCAAACACCGACCACCACCCCAGGCAGAGGUGGUGCAGCACACCAUGUCCCUGUUGUGCACGCUUACCGAGCUUCAGCCGGAGCUGUCCUCGGUGAUGCUCUCGUCUCCCGGCCUCGGGCCUGCGUUGGAGUUCUCCCUGCUGCACACGCCGGAGAAGUUGGUUCGGAGGGAGGUCUCGACCGGAGUGCUAAGGAUGGCCAUAUCGCUACGAAAGACCUCGAAGGUGGAGCAGUACGAGAGCAGAUGCGACACCUACCUGAACCUCGUGGGCUGGUUGAUCGGACAGUCCAACGCCAUGCCCCCGAAUGAGCAGGCUGACCUCUGCCUUCACCUCGCCGAUCUCAUCUGUGCAAGGCCGGUGGUGGAGCAAUCCGAGGAGGACCAAGACCCCGUCCUGGCGGGAUACAUGACCUUCCUCAAGAAGGCCCUCAAGACCCUCCCGGACUGCCGUAGAGCGGAGGUCAAGGCGACGGCGGGGGCGGACGUCAUCCCGCCGCCGCCGCCGGCAACGGCAGCAGCGCCGACAACCUCGUCAAGAAGAACUUCGGCGACGGCGGCAGCACAAGGCGAAGCCGGUGUCGGUUCGCCGUCGGCGGCGGCGACAAAGGCGGUUGCGGCGGUUACGACCGCGGCCGGACAGCUCGUCGGAGGCAUGUGGGGGGCGGGGAGAGCGGCGAGGGGGGGGAAGCAGGAGGAGAGGGGAGGGACGGUGGCGGGGGGAGGCGGCGGGGGGCGGGGACUGGUUCGGGAGCUGGUGGAGCGGUGCCUGUUCUCGCUCCCUCACGAGAGAGGUAGUAGCACCGUCUCGUCUUCUUCUGGGAGCGGUGUGGAGGGCGGUGGUGUUGGCAUCCUUCGCGGGGGGGGAGCAGGAGAUGGUGGUGCUGCAGUGGAGGACGGUGACGAGUUUGAGGGAAUACCCCUACCCAAGUGCAAGAGCGAUAAGAGCCGGGAGGUGGCCUUCAUCCUCCUCAACGAGCUAGCGACGGGCUGCGCUCCCAACCUCGAUCUCACCGUGGCGCUGGUGGGGCCUCAGCAUUUCCUCGGGCGAAAUAGUGCGGAGGGUCGAAGGAGAAGAAACGACGAGCAGCAGGACAGGUUUCGAGCGUCUGGCGGUAUCCGAGGGACAACGUCGUCGUCACAGUCCGCCGCCGAGGAUAGAGAUCGGGACAUGGACAUGGACAUGGGGGGCAAGUCUAGGGCAAGGGCGGCGUCGUUUGGUCAGCAGCCGCACCACAUCGCCAAGCACAAGAGCAAGACGGGCUUCGUCGGACUCAAGAACAUGGGCUGCAUCUGCUACAUGAACAGCACCCUGCAGCAGCUCUUCAUGGUCCCGGAAUUCCGAGAAGGCGUGCUCGACUUCAGAGAUCACGACCAAACACCGCCGGACGACAGCCUCAUGUGGCAGCUGCAGAACAUGUUCAGCCACCUACAGGAGUCGGAGAAGGCCCACUUCAACCCGGUGGGCCUGGUGCGUUCGCUUCGGGACUGGGAGGGGCAGGCUCUGGACGUGAUGGUGCAGCAAGACGCCUCGGAGUUCAUCACGCAGUUCUUCCAGCAGGUGGAGGGGCAGGUUAUGGGAUCAGCUAGCGAGAACAUCCUGAAGCAGUGCUUCGGCGGAGUGUACAGCAACGAGCUGCUCGCUGAGGGGGGUCUUCUUUACAGCGAGCGUCCAGAACCCUUCUCGUACAUUUCUGUGGAGGUGAAGAACAUGAAGACCCUGGCAGAGGCUCUGGAGGUGUUUACCGCCGAGGAGGUGGUGAGCUUCAAGUGGGACAAGGAAAUCAAUGCCGAGACAGGCGAGCGACAAGCGGUGACGCUAAACACGAAGAAGAGGUGCUCCAUCAAGUCUCUCCCGAACUACCUCCUCAUACACCUCAAGCGGUUCGACUUCGACUUCGACACCAUGCAGCAGACCAAGAUCAACGACCGAUUGGAGUUCCCGAUAGAGCUGAACAUGUACCCCUACACCAAGGAGGGGCGGGCUGCUACCACUACCGCGGCUGGCAAGGAGGGGGGUCACGAGGAGGUUGGGACCAAGGGGGCUGGUGCCGAAGUGGAGAAGGAAGAAGAGCCAGCAAAGCCGGAAGAGUACUACCACUACCACCUCGCCGGAGUCGUGGUGCACAUGGGCACGGCCAACUCCGGGCACUACUACAGCUACAUACGUCCGAGGGACGGCGGCGGCGAGUGGCUGGAGUUCAACGAUACCGUGGUGUCCACCUUCGAUGUUGAGGACAUGGAGGCUGAAUGCUUCGGGGGCGAGGAAAACUCCCAGCAUAGCACUUCCUAUCAGCGCUCCCAUCACGCGCAGCAGGGACAGUACAGCAGCGUUGGCAACGGCUCUGGAUCCUCUUCCUCGCCCUCCUCCGCGUGGAGGCGAGAGAGGACGCGCAACGCCUUCAUGCUGGUCUACGACAGAGUCAUGCCGGAGCAGCAGCAAGGGGAGUCAGCGGCGGGAGAGGGCAGUGGUAGCCGUCGCCGCCGCUGUCGCGGCCGUUCGCCGGGUGCGUCGCCUCGGUCACUGUCGCCGCCGCCGCCGCCGCUGUCUCCUACCGCCGCCGCUGUCUCCGCUUCGCCGGGAGCAGGCGUUGACGGUGACGGUGGGAAGCGUGGGGGGAAGGGCCGGGGGGGGGUGGUGUUGGGUCCGAGGCGGCGGAAGCGGUUCCGAGCGAGGGUCCCCGCGGUGUUCAUGCGCCAGAUUCACUGGGAGAACCUGGAGUUUUGGAGACGCGGCGUUGACGGUGACGGUGGGAAGCGUGGGGGGAGGGGCGGGGGGGGGGUGGUGUUGGGUCCGAGGCGGCGGAAGCGGUUCCGAGCGAGGGUCCCCGCGGUGUUCAUGCGCCAGAUUCACUGGGAGAACCUGGAGUUUUGGAGGAAAAAGAACGUGCUGGACAAGUCGAACUACGCUUUCUUGCAGAAGCUGGUUUUCCAGGCAACCGACGAGGACGGUGUCUCCACCGCCUCGGCCUUGCGGCUAGCGUGCAGAUUUACGCUCGGGACCCUGGUGCAGGCCCAGGAGAGGGAGCUCAUGACCACCUGGGCCGGGAUGGUUCGGCAGCACCUGCCCCUCAGGCCAGAGGCGUGCCGGUGGCUGCUGAAGGAGCUAGGAGGCUCCCCGUCGACCUUGAAGGAGCUCCUGCUGUCGCCGGAAGAGAGCGUCAGGUACGCCGCGACUUCGGUCGCGACAGCGGCGCUGCAGCGGUGUAUGCAGGCGGCAAGCAACGACAGCGGCGGUGAACCUGGGGGCGGGGGAGGGCCGGGAGGUGACGGUGAUGAUGCCUAUACGGCGGCGUACGCUGCAGCUAUCGAGGCGCGGGAUCGCCGGGAGUUUCCGGGGGGGCAGGGGGGCACCGCUGAAGAGUUUGUCGCUUUGGGGGGGGGGGAAGGGGUCCCCUCCGCGGAGGCAGCGGGGGACAACGACGCUUUCCUGGCGCAGAAGACGGGACUCCUGUCUCUGUGGGGAGGGAGGCAGGAAGCGAUGGCCUCUUCGCAUCGCGUCGGCAAGGGCCAGAUUGGAUCAUCUCAUCGGGAGAGCGAAAAGGCGGCGGCGGCGGCGGCGGCUGUGGUGGUGUUCGUGGACGCGUGCCUCGGUCUCCUCUCGGUUGCACCGAGCAUCAACCAACUGGAUUGGGCGCGGAGCGAGCAACUCCUGUCCAUCCUCGCCGUUACCGCCGAAGCGGGACCUUCGGAGCGAUCCCACCUCCUACAAACGGGAGCCCUGGGUGCCCUCAUGUCCAUGUUCCUGGGUGACGACUCCCCCUACCCGGAGCUCGUGCGAUCGCCGUGCCCCAGGCCGAGGCUUGUUCCGAGCGGGGACGGGCAGGUUUCAUCCCCUGCCUCGCCGCGACGGCCUUACCGUUGUCCGUGCCCUCCUGCGGCAGAGGGGGCCGACGGUGGGGAGGGGAGGGGGUUGCGUGGUGUAGGGGGGGGCAGGGCGGGCGGUCGCAACGGUGCGAAGGAGUACUAUGACGCGACCAAGGACUUCGGCGAGGAUCAGGAUCUGUCGGCGCUUCUAAAGGCAAUAUCUCCCCUCGUCCUCGCCUCCGAGCUGGCCUGGGGGGAAAGCGCCAGCAGCGACACCGGCACAGCCGGCGGAACGGCCGCCCCCGCCGUCUGCUUCUCUCCGGUGGCGCUGCGGCCGCUCUCGAGGAUGAGCGAAGAGGAGAAGCAGAUGCUCACUUCUCCAGCUUUCUUGAUGCGCCUCAUCAUGCUUCUGAGAGAACCAAAGCAGAAGGAUCAGCUCAUUCCACUUUUGCAACACCUCUGUUGGCGAAACCAGGACAGGAAGAAGCCUCGACGUACGUGCGUUUCUCGAGCAAGUGCUAUCAAGGUCGAGAACGAGGAACCUCGUGCCCUUCCGACCAGUGAUUCUUUUUCAGGCGAUCCCGACCCAACCGCGUGUCCGUUGCUCCCUCAUCGUCUGACGAUGCACGUUUCAUCUUCUGCGCCGCAGCUCGUUACGAAGGUGGUCAUCAUCAACAUCUGCCAACGCAUCGAGAUUCUCCGCGACGUGGAUGCGCACCUGUCCAAGCCGGGAUUCAGGGCUCUCAUGAUUAUCUUGUCAGAGGUGCCGGACGGGCUGCAGCAGUGGCGACUUGACCUGGCCGUCUCCCGCGUCCUAGAAAUCAUGGAGGAGCACACGACCCUGACAGUGGUGACGGAACAGAUGGAGUCGUGGUUGAACCAGGCGAUGCUCGCCAAGCAGAAACACGGCGCCAACGCGGGUUCCCGGUACUACGGGGCUAGGAUGAACGGCCCUCCGACUAGCGUGUCGGAAGACAAGGUGGGUGUUCACUGGCGUGAGAAGUGGCGCAGGCUUUCGAUGUUCCAUCAUUCGUGAAGCAUCGUAGGAACAAGUUGACCAGAGGUUGAGGAGGAGCACUCGAAGGAGGAAGACGGGUGUCUCCUCCUCUGCGGUCUCUCCCCUUGUACGGACGGGCGCUCUAGAGUCGGUUGACCAAUGAAAACACGCCGGUCUUGACGGGACCAAUGGGUUGAAGUGCGUUUUUCAUAGACCACGCCUGCCGACGAACCAUUGGAAAACCAUGUUUGUAGCUGAAGCACGAAGGUGCUUCUAACUGUACGGUAGUCGUGGCCCCGUAGAUGGCGGAUGGGGGGGGAAGGUCCAUUCCCCGGACUGCAGAGUCGAUACACGAGUGCUGGACAUUUUGCGGGGUGUGUGUCCCGCUCGCUAUGGUACAAGUGCCGGCAAGAAUAUCUUCAAUUGACGAGACCCGCCUCGCGUACUUGAAAGCGCGGCCUUGCUCUUUUGCUGCAAUCGGUUGCAUUGUCUCACGUCUCCCACGCUCUCGCGCAUGCCAUGACUCACGUCGUAAGCGCAAGUCGUGCUUGUAACUU